AUGAGUUUAUUCAAAGCUAUCAAUUACAAUUAUCGAGCUAUUAAUCUUUAUAUCAGAAUUAUCAAUCAAAUCUUAUCGAAAUUUUCAAUCACGCCAUCAAGCUUGAAAAAAGAAGAUAUUUUGUAUACAAGUGCUAUUCUAUUGGAAUUCUCUAUUAAUGAUGAUAAUGUCUAUCAACUUAAUUAUCUAACAAAUUUUCCAAAAGAAAAUGAAAUUGAUUACAUUAUUAUGAAUGAUCAAAUCGAAAAAUUCAGAGAAUUUGUUACUGAAAGAUCAUUGGAUGACAUUCUUAUAAGAACCUCUGGAAUAAUUGGUCUUGAACUUAUUGAAGCUUGCUGUUAUUAUGGAUCUGUGAAUAUCUUUAAUUUCCUGAUUUCUAAUUUAAAUCAGGAAAUCACAAAUGAAUGCCUUGAAUAUUCAUUUGCUGGUGGAAAUACUGAUAUAAUCAAUGAAUGUCUGAAAUAUAAUAAAAUUGAUAGUGGAUGCUUUCGAUACAUUGUUGGAUCUCAUAAUAAUAAAUUCUUGGAAUUCAUCUUUGAAAGAGAUUUAUUUGAAGAGGAAUUUCUUGAUAUUAAUGUCAUUAUUGAAUCACAAAACUUGAAAGCAGUUUUUCUUCUUUAUAAAAAAGAUAAAAGAUUAAUAAUGCCAUGGCGUGCUGCAUUUCCACAGACAUUCGAUAUUAUCAAAAACGAACUUCUCCCAUCAAAUAGAACAUCCCCUUUUUUCAAAUGA